AUGGGACCCUAUUCUCUAGUACCCACCAUGCAAUGUUAUCAUCAUGUUGUAAGUAUGAAACAUCAAGUAACAGGAUCGAUAGAAAUUGAUGAAAAAGAUAUAAUUGAACUGAAAGAAGGCAGUAUUGGAUAUACAGAAAAGGACUGGGGAAGAAAUUUUCCUGAAAUAUGGAUAUGGGGACAGUCAAAUCAUUGGAAUAAGGAUGAUAGGGAAACAAGUUUAUUUUUUUCAUUUGCUAUGAUACCAUGGUAUUUUAAUUUAAAAUUUCCUGGUUUUCUAGUUAUAUUUUAUUAUAAUCAAACAUUCUAUCGUUUUACAACUUAUUCUCAAUCGUUUGUUCACCGUUUAAUGAUUGAUGAGACAAAUCAACGAAUCUCAUUUAAUCUAUACGAUCAAUUGUUUAAAUACAAACUUCGUGUUAUUCUCACUUAUCAACAUCAAUCUUCUUCUAUUGCACCAAAAGCAAAUUUAUACGGACCACGAAAUGGAAAAAUGGAAAAAUUCGUCAAUGAAAUAUUAACAAAUGCAUCGUUUGAUGUGAGAUUUUCGAAAUUAAUUCAAGAUCAAACAGCAUUUAUCAGCGAUGAUGAAGACGAUGAAGUAAAGUUAUUUUCUCAACAUGGCAUUUAUGAGAAUGUUUUGUAUCAAGCGAAAGCUGAUCCAGUGGCUCUAGAAAUAACAGGAAAUGUUAGUUGGUUAAGUGAACAAUUGCAUUCAACAUAUGGAAACAGUUAUCCAUGGACGUUUUCAUUAACAAGGGUUCUUAUGGAAAUGAUCAUCUACAUUAAAAAUAGUUAUAUUACUAUGAUACUCGUCACUGUUUUUACGUUGUUGGUUAUUUUUCGUCGGUAA